AUGUGGAAGUGGCUCAAAGAUAUGGGUUCAGCACACUCAGCACCUAGGCAUGAUUAUAAUGGACCUCUAUUUGGGGGUCAUUAUCCUGGCGAUUUCUCAAUCAGACGUAACAGACCAGAUACGAAUAAACCCCUCCCGCCUCCGCCACCUCCUAAAGAAACUAGAUCAGUAAGAUUCGGCAACGAUCCUCCCGCCUGGGUGUUCUAUAAGAACCGACCAGCAGAUGAGAACCUCGCCAACACGCGAUACUGUUAUUCGCCACCUACUACAAAUAGGAGUAAUACUACGCCACCACCAGCUUAUGGGACAUGGGACGAGGGGCCAUUGAUUGUAAGGAAUCAAUAA